CGUUCAGUAUAUAAACAAGGAGCAGUCUCAGUUCCAGUACCUUGCUCUUUCCCUCAGCUUGUCUCAUUAUCUCGGCUCACACACCUCCACCCACCAAAACUACCAACAUGUCUUUCGCUGGAAGAUGGGAAACCGAGACCCAGGAGGGAUACGACGAGUUCUGCAAGCUGCUCGGUAUCCCCGAUGAGGUCAUUGAGAAGGGCCGCGACUACAAGCUGAUCACAGAUGUCACCCAGAACGGCAAUGACUUCUCCUGGUCCCAGAUCUACCCCACAAACGCCACCGUCACCAACAAGUUCACCAUCGGCAAGGAGUGUGAUAUGGAGACCAUUGGAGGAAAGAAAUUCAAGGCCACUGUGCAAAUGGACGGAGGCAAGCUGAGUGUGACCUUCCCCAACUACCACCACACCUCUGAGAUCAGCGGGGGCAAGCUUGUUGAGACCUCCAAGGCUGGUUCUGUAGUCCUGAAGAGAACCAGCAGGAAGCUCUAACUGCUGACUGACCCUUGACCUCUGUACAAGUUACAACAGUGACCUCAGAACUACUGCAGUUAAUAAACUAAGGCAAUGAAAGGAACGUGAA